AUGAAACAAUGGCCUCGCCAUCACGGCCCUCGCCUCUCUCGCUCCCUACCGAACCUACGACGCUCCCGCGCGCGCACUUUCAGCGCCGCAAAGCCGCUCCUCCAUGAAUCCAGCCACGAUCCUCGCAUACGGGAUCUUGGAAGGCAGAUCCUAGACGACUAUGCCAUGAUCCGCGAGAAUUAUGCAACACCCAAACACCCCAUCGUCCUCGCCCACGGGCUCCUCGGCUUCUCCGAGCUCAAAGUCUCGCCGUACCUCCCCGCGAUCGAGUACUGGAACGGCAUCAAGCAGGCCCUCGUGGCGAACAGGUGCUCCGUGCUGACAACGUCCGUCCCGCCGUCGGGCUCCAUCGAGGAGCGCGCCGAGAAGCUCGCGGCCGACAUUCUCGCGCAGACGAGCGCCGCCUCUCUCAGCCACUCAAACAAUAACAACAACAACAACAACAACAAGAACACCAACGACCGCGAUAGCAGACUCACCCCCGUGGUCAACAUCAUCGCGCACAGCAUGGGCGGCCUCGACGCGCGCUACAUGAUUUCUCGCCUGCGCCCGCGCGGCAUCAAAGUCGCCUCCCUCGUCACCAUCGCCACGCCGCACCGCGGCAGCCCCUUUGCAGACUACCUCGUCGACAGCGACGCCGGCAGCCCGCUGCACCUCCCGCGGCUGUACUCCGUCAUCCGCCGCGCUGGGCUGGGCACGUCGGCCUUUGGCCAGCUCACCACGCGGUACAUGCGCCACGAGUUCAACCCGCGCGUCCCCGACGACCAAGCGGUGCGGUACUUUUCGUACGGCGCCAUGAUUGACGAGCCGUCGCUGCUCGGGGCGUUUCGCGUCCCGUACGGCGUCAUUUGGGAAAAGGAAGGGGAGAAUGAUGGGCUCGUCAGCGUGAGGAGCAGUCGUUGGGGCGAGUACAAGGGGACGCUGGUUGGGGUGAGCCAUCUCGAUUUGAUCAAUUGGUCGAAUAGGGCGAGGUGGGCGGUGCGUGAGUGGAUGGGGAUGAAGAGGACGUUCAAUGCUGUUGCUUUCUAUCUCGAUGUUGCUGAUAUGUUGGCCAAGGAAGGGCUGUGA